GGGACCUUCCGGGGUACAGCGGUGGCGCCUGGCUCUGGCACACAACUCGCUGGCGCCUAGGCGCGGAGGCCGGUGAGAACUAUGGUCUCGGGGAGCGCGGAGCGAUGGGCCCUGGUGGUCCUCGGCCUGGUCUGCUUGCUCCCGUUCGAUUUCAUCAGCUGUGAUACCCCACCGACAUACGGAGUUGUGAGUGAGAAUGUCACUUUAUCUCCAUCAAACCCUAAAUCCUUUACAGACGUUUUAUGGAAAAAAGGAAAGGAUAAAGUCGUAGAGUGGGACAAAGCGUUUGGUACCAGAGUUUUCCCACAUUUUACACGUAGGGUUGUCUUAGACACUACCUCCGGAAACCUCACCAUCUUCAAUUUGACGUCAUCGGAUGAAGAUACGUAUGAAGUUGAAUUCGAAACCGACAGGGAGACGUUUGUCCUGAAAAUCCUUGAGCCUCUUCCGGAUCCGAUCCUAAAUUGUUCAAUGACGGAUGAAAACAUUACAGUCAACUGCUUGAUCCCAGAAAACUACCACGGCAACCCACACCUAAUAAACUACUCAUGGCAUUGCCGUUCCGCUCAGUGUAACAACACCUUCGGCUCUGUGAUGUAUUUUGGGGAGAAUGAUGACCGUUCACAGAACGUACAAUGUACUGUUCAUGAUCCAGUAUGCAAGAGGACAUCAUCGAUUGUUUUGACUUCCUGUAUCCCAGAUGCUCUUUCAAGGCAUAGAUAUUCACUUAUACCAGCAAUUGGACUAACAGUAAUAGGUGCUUUCUUUUUUGGAAAAGGUUUUCUGAAAUACAGAAGAAGCAACAGGACCAACUCCAGUUGAUUAAUAGAAGAUGGAGUUAAAUACCUACUUAAGUUAUUUAACUGACUUUAGAAAACCUCCCUGACUCACCAUUCAAGUAUUACAUCAUCUGUGAGGAGGUUUGAAAGUCUUACUGGAGUUGAUCCUUCAUCAGAGGUCAUGUUUUUAGAAGAAACGUCAACAAACAAAGACAAAGCAUUAAUACUAGCUCGGUCACCUGGAACUUUAAAUGACUGAGUGCUCCUUUCAUGGCCUCUGAUUUUUUUAUCAUGAAAUUUGCCCCAAAGGGGUAUACAUUUGUAUAAAUAAAUGUAUAUUUGUACAUAAGUAACUAGGCCGUCUGGCUCCUUUUUCCUAUUAACCUAGAAAGAUAAAAUUGUCACAUGAAAUAAAGUAAAUAAAGGCUUUUUA